GAAAUCAAUAAACUAGCUCAUCUAGAGCCCGCAGCUUCUGAAUUCAAUGUUACGCGUAACUAUUUAGAUUGGUUGACCCAGAUUCCAUGGGGCCAAAGUUCUCCAGAGAAUUACAACAUUAAGCAUGCCAUGAAAGUGCUUGAUGAUGAUCAUUACGGGCUACAGGAUGUAAAGGAUCGGAUAUUAGAAUUCAUUGCCGUUGGUAAACUAAGAGGCACUGUGGAAGGAAAAAUUUUGUGCUUUGUUGGGCCUCCCGGUGUUGGUAAAACCUCUAUUGGAAAAUCAAUUGCUCGAGCUUUAUCGCGGCAAUUUUAUCGGUUUAGCGUCGGUGGUCUUACUGAUGUUGCCGAAAUAAAAGGACAUCGUCGAACGUAUGUUGGUGCUAUGCCCGGUAAAGUCGUCCAAGCCUUAAAAAAGGUACAGACCGAAAAUCCAUUGAUUUUGAUUGAUGAAGUCGACAAAAUUGGUCGUGGACAUCAAGGAGAUCCUUCAUCAGCGCUUUUAGAACUUCUUGACCCAGAGCAAAAUUCAUCCUUUUUAGAUCAUUAUAUGGACGUUCCAAUUGAUCUUUCUAAAGUGCUCUUUGUUUGCACUGCUAAUGUGGUAGACACGAUACCUGUUCCAUUGCUAGAUCGUAUGGAAGUAAUCCAGUUAUCUGGAUAUGUUGCUGAUGAAAAGGUUGCUAUUGCUUCAAAAUAUCUUUCACCAACUGCUAAAGAAAUGGCUGGCUUGCAAAAUGCAGAU